AAAAAUGGCUGUCUGGGAAGGAAAGAAAUACAAAUUAGAAAAGAGUGAAAACUUCGACGAAUACAUGAAGGAAUUGGGUGUCGGUAUGAUUCUACGCAAAAUGGGUAACAGUGUCAGCCCCACCGUUGAACUGAAGAAGGAUGGUGAUAAUUACUCUUUCACCACUACCUCAACCUUCAAAACAACUACGAUCAACUUCAAGCUGGGCGAGGAAUUCGAUGAAAAGACACUUGAUGGUCGCAAAGUGAAGAGCGUCUUCACUCUGGAUGGCAACAAAUUGGUGCAAGAACAGAAGGGUGACAAACCAUCGACCAUUAUUCGUGAAUUCACUGACUCCGAGCUAGUGACUACUCUCACCCUCAACGACGUGAAGUCCGUCAGAGUCUACAUGGCUGUAUAA